AUGAAGCCUCAGUCCCUGCUCUCGGCUGCGGCGGCCGUCCUGUUGCCGACACUCGUCGCCGCGGCGCCCGCGGAGCCCGCCGAGAAGGCGGCCGCGAAGCCGCCUGCCUUCUUCCUCGCCGGCGACUCGACGACGGCGGUGCAGGCCACGGGCGGCGGCGGCUGGGGCAACGGGUUCCUCGGGUUCCUCAAGAAGCCGGCGUUCGGCACUAACUACGGCCGCAACGGACGGACGACGGUGGACUACGUCAGCCAGGGUCACUGGGACACGGUCAAGAGCGCCGUCAAGUCCAACACGGCCAACUUUGACGUCUACGUGACGAUACAGUUCGGCCACAACGACCAGAAGCCCGAGAAGAACAUCUCGCUUGACCAGUACCAGGCCAACCUCGUCAACCUCGCCAAGGAGAUCAAGGCGCUCGGGGCGACGCCGAUCCUGGUGACGCCGCUGACGCGGCGCAGCUUCAGCUCGGCGGGCAUCGUGACCAACAACCUCUCCAACGAGCGCGAGCGCACGAUCGCCGCGGCGGCGGCUGGCAAGACGACGUACAUCGACCUCAACCUCUACAGCCGCAAGUUCGUGCAGGCCAUCGGCGAGACCAAGGCGCACUCGUACAACCUCAAGGAGGACGACAACACGCACCUCAACGACGAGGGCAGUGUCGUCUUCGGGCGGCUGGUGGCGGACCUGCUGCUGGAGAAGGAGAAGAAGCUGGCGCAGUGGUUCACGCCCAACAAGUCUUUGAGCGACGAGAUCUGGAAGGCCAUCAACAGCUCGUCCGUUUAAAGGGCUUGGGGUGGGGGUACAGGCGGAGGGAGAGAGAGAGAUCUGUCGUCCGCCGCUCGUAGACGAUACAUUCCAAUAUCCAGUUGUCAAUAGCAGUAUUCCCAGAAAACGUUGUUGAUCCAGUGCGACUGAAGGCGGGAUGUGAUCAGGUCUUGACGAGAGAGUUUGCCUGUGUCAGAGUGACCAUCGGCAGUUAUGAUGGUCGGUUGCGCCUCUGACCAGAUUGGCGGCGGCCGGUGUCUGAAUAUUAACGGCGACAGGCAUGCGCAGGGCCAUCAUCUCUCGUGACUUCCAUCGAAUCAUCUUGGUCUAGUCGCUCGAAAUUCGGAUCCGACCGCCAUAGCCGCAGACAGAAAACAGCGCUGAUCAGCCCGAAUGCAAGUCUGGUGAGAUACGCACGAGGAAACAAAGCAGCGGAAACCGAAUUCCGCCCGCGGACCGUUGACGGACCCAAAGGUCUCAGCAUCCAUGUGAAGGAGGCUAAGCCGCGCCGCAUUCGAUUCCCGUCGUCCGGAGGGUGGGCCACUUUGGCGGGGGAGAGCGGCGGAGGAGGUCACGAGCCGCGAGCGCCGGGUGACAUGUGAAAAGGUUCGAAGCUCGUGUCAAGGUGGAUCUUUACAUGCUUCCAUGUGCACAUAUCCGAGAGAUGCCAUACAUACUGUGGAUGCAAACGCGAAGGCGGGGGUAGGGUUUCUCUUGCUAGAAAUAUUGCGACGUCUGAUUAGAGUGAGUGAGAUUGAUAGACCAUAAAAGAAGUUCUCUUGGCUGAC